AUGAGUAAUACUCUCAAAGAAAUCUUACAAAACCAGAAAGGGUACACUGAAAUACCAAAAUGGCAUUUUUCCACAAAUAAUUCGGAUAAUGAAUCAAUUAAUGAAUAUGAUAUCAUGUUAAAAGUGUUAGCAGAUUCAAAUAGAUUUAAUCCUGCGGCUCUUCAACACGAUGUUGAUAAAUUCGAAGAAUAUAUGAAAUCAAAAGCUGAAGCAAUUGCUAAGCGAGCACGACGAACCAUAAAAGAAAUGAUGUACAAGCGACAUGACGAAAUCAUUGAGCGUUUUCAGCCGACAACGAAGGAAUUGUCGACGAAGAAAGAUGCACAAAACUAUAUAGAAACGCAUCUUCCUCAGUUCAAGACAGAUCUUCGUAAACUAAACACUGAAAUUGAAAAUGAAUUAACAGCAUGCAUUCGCAUUAAAACAGACGCUGGUUUAGAGAUAGACUGGAAUGAAACAAUAAAAAUUACUGAAGAAUCGCCCACGCCAGUUACUCAAGGUGGUCAAAUAAAUUAUAAUAACCUUGCCAAUUAUCCGUUCUAUAAAAUAUAUUCAACAGGGGAAGGCCGUAGCAUUGCCGGUUCCGAUAAAUAUUUCGUUUAUCAGGACAAUAAUGAUCUGUGUGUGGUCGAUCCACAUGCCAAAUAUAGAAUUGUAAUCCCUGUAAAAGAAAUUGAACCUCGAAAUGCCACAGACGGAAACUCCAAGCUGGUAGACGUUGUUGACAUUUGUUGGUGUCGAUCUCAACGAUAUUUUAUUGUUCUGACAGACGAUACAGUAUUUACUUUAGAUCCUAAUACCAAACGAUUGUCGGAAGUCGAAGAAAUUCAACUGCCAAAAGGAAAAGAAUUUUGGCGAUGCACACCUUCAUCGGCCACGGUGCAAAGAACAUCAUCGAGUUCGAUAUUCAAUACUAUAACGGAAAAGAAGUCCACAGAAAAUGACCCGGUCUCCUCACAAACACCAAUAUUGAGCGAUGGCACCUUCUUUGGAAUCGGUAAUCCGCUACUCGAUAUCACCGCUACUCAGCCUCAUGUUGCAACGUUUAUGGGCUGUGUUGGCGAUGAUUUGCACCAUGAGUCGCUCAAACAAGUAGCCGAAUUAGCAGGCUUAACUUUAGCUUAUCAAAUUAAGCCACAUUUAGCAACAGGAAAGUGUGCCAUACUCAUAACACCCAAUAACCGAUCAAUGGUGGCCAGCCUUGGAGCAUCACAACACUUUUCUAUUGAUCAUUUUGAAAAUCCAGAAAACUGGGCUUACGUUCAAAAAGCAAAAAUUAUUUGCUCAGAAGGUUAUUUUGUUGUUUCAUCCAGAGAUGCAUUUAUGGAAGUAUGCGAGUACGCUAAUUUAAAACGUAAAAUGUUAUGUAUGACCUUAUCUGCGGUAUAUAUUUGUGAGGAAAAAUACGGUGGGAGAAUUUUGAGUGCAUUACAAUAUGCUGAUUUUGUACUUGGUUGUGAAGAAGAAGCCAAAGUUUUUGGCAAAGUACAAUUACAGGUCGACUCAAAUGAUAUUCAUACAAUAAUAAAAGCAAUACGCGACAGUCCAAAAAUGUAUCCCAGUCGACAGCGUGUGGUACUUAUUACGAAGAUCCCUGACUGGACUUUGGUUGCCACAAGUGACGGAGUGAAAGAGUAUUUGUGGAAAAAACCAUCGAAGAUUGUCGAUACCAACGGAUGCGGUGAUGCCCUUGCUGGAGCGUAUGUGGCCUUAAACAAAACAAUCGAUGAAUGUGUGAAAGCUGGACUUUAUUGUGAAUAUGAAAAACUGCAACAAAUGGGUUGUCAAUUUCCAGAUAAAGUAUCUUAUAAUCCUGCUACGUUUUUUACUAGCGUAGACGAGGAAAGUUAUUUGUAA